AUGUCAUCAAGUCAAUCAAAUAUUGACCAAUUUGACUCUCAUCAAAAAUCUGCCCUUUGUUUAGAGGAAUCAAAUUCGACAUCUCCAACCCCAGAAAUCAAGCUUGAUCAACAUGGAUUACCAUUAGUACCCCAGCCCAGUCGCUUUAAAGAUGAUCCGUUGAAUUGGCCAGCAUGGCUCAAAUGGGCCGUCCUGAUUCAAGUUGGCUACAUGGCAUUCCUAGGACCUUACAAUGCCGCACUCGUGAAUCCAAGUCUGGUUCUCCUGAGUGAUGCGCUUGAUGUUAGUCCAAAAGUGGCUUCGUACAGCACAACUACGGCAAUUAUCAUGGGUGGUGUUUCACCAUUCAUUUAUGCGCCUUUGGCGAACAUCUAUGGUCGUAGACCUAUCACCUUAUUCGCAAUAGUUUUGACUAUUAUUGGAGGAGUAACAUCGGCUCGUUCAAACACUUUUUCACAACUUGUGGGUACACGUGCUCUUUGUGGCUUUGGGUUCGGUGGAAUGAUGUCGGUGGGUACCGCUUGUGUGAAUGAUAUGUUUUUUCUUCAUCAGAGAGGUGAAGCUACUGGUGUAUACUCCCUCUUUGUUACAAACGGUGCUCAUGUGGCUGCGAUUAUUGGCGGGUUCCUUGGGUCAUCCCUAGGCUGGCAAUGGGACUACUGGAUUGGAGCCAUCAGCACCUGCGUUUCUCUCCUCCUCGCCAUAUUUCUUUUUCCCGAAACUCUUUUCUCUCGCGACCCAUCCUACCUCUCCACACGUACCAGAACCCGCACGUACUAUGAACUUCUCUUUGAUUUUCGCGGGAAUUGUCUCCCUAAUCGCUCACUCCAAUUUUCCCACUUCUUAGAAUCUUUUUACAUGCUCCGCUACCCUUCCAUUCUCUUUCCAUUCUGGUACUAUACAUGGGGAUGGACUUUCAUCAAUGUCAUGCCUGCCAUCUCUAUCGCCGCCAUCUACACCGAAUUCUAUAACCUGAAGCCUGGUCCAAUAGGUGCCUGUCUGGGAGUCUCACUCAUGAUUGGGAGUUUACUGGGAGAAUUCAGCGCUGGAAAAGCAAGUGACUAUGUCAUGUAUCGUAUGGCAAAGAAAAAUGGAAAUAUAAGGAAACCGGAAUAUAGACUUUAUCUUUGUUGUUUAUCAGCGGUAUUCAUGCCAAUGGGAUUGAUUGUUUUUGGAGCUACAGUGGGGAAAACUCAUUUUAUUAUUCCGCUUAUUGGACUGGCUCUUGGUGUCUUCGGUCUUCAAAUCGCUUCCACAACCCUCUAUGCCUACGUCUCAGACUGCUAUAAGCCACAAACUCCCGAAACAGGCGUUCUCUUCAAUCUCUCCCGCGGUCUCUCAUUCGUCGUCGGAUAUUUCGCGUUGCCAUUCGCAGAUAAAGUAGGGUUUACAUGGGCGUGGUUUACAUUUGCCGUUGUGUUAUUUGUGUUUUUUGGACCAGUUGGGGCAUUGAUCUGGAAGGGAGAGCAGUGGAGGAUAAAAGGGGGGAAACCAGGGUUCCAUGGGUGGCUGUAG